GCAAGUCAAGACGGCUAGCAGACGUGUUUUGCCAUCUGUUUCUGUUUGAAGUUUGUAACUACUUAAUUCAGAAAUGUCUACUUCUGAAGAACAACUUAAAUUACGUAUAAAAGAAUUAGAAGAAGAACUUCAGUUGGUAAAGACGAAUAAUGAAUGCAAAGGAAGACAAAAAAUUGAUCAGAUUAGUUCUGAAGUUGUCGAUUCUAAUCCAUAUAGCAGGCUUAUGGCUUUGAAGAGAAUGGGUAUUGUUGACAAUUAUGAAACAAUUCGGAAUUAUUCCGUAGCUGUUGUUGGUGUGGGUGGCGUUGGAAGUGUUACUGCAGAAAUGUUAACAAGAUGCGGAAUCGGUAAGCUCAUUCUUUUUGAUUAUGACAAGGUAGAAUUAGCAAACAUGAAUAGGUUGUUUUUCCAACCUCAUCAAGCUGGACUCAGUAAAGUGGAUGCUGCUGCAAGAACAUUAACUUUAAUCAAUCCUGAUGUGGAAUUCGAGACCCAUAAUUAUAAUAUUACCACAGUAGAAAAUUUUAAGCAUUUUUUAAAUGUCCUGUCAAAUGGUAAUAAAGAACAUACAGGCCCAGUAGAUUUAGUUCUGAGUUGUGUGGAUAAUUUUGAAGCUAGAAUGGCUAUAAAUACUGCUUGUAAUGAAUUGGACUUGAUUUGGUUUGAAUCUGGUGUAAGCGAAAAUGCUGUAUCUGGCCAUAUACAAUUUAUAGUUCCUGGUGAAAAUGCAUGCUUUGCUUGUGCUCCUCCCUUAAUUGUUGCAUCAAGUAUCGAUGAGAAAACUUUGAAAAGAGAAGGUGUAUGUGCUGCUAGCUUGCCAACAACUAUGGGUGUGGUAGCAGGCUUUUUGGUCCAAAAUGUAUUGAAAUAUUUGUUAAAAUUUGGAAAAGUUUCACACUAUUUAGGUUAUAAUGCUUUAGAGGACUAUUUUCCAACUAUGAGGCUUCAGCCCAAUCCUGAUUGUGAUGAUUCAAUGUGUCGUCAGCGCCAGAAAGAAUAUUCCUUGAAGGAAAAAGAUGAAGUUGUAGUUGAGAAAGUAGUUGAAAAAGAAGUUGUGCAUGAAGAUAAUGAAUGGGGCAUAUGUUUAGUUUCAGGAACUGAAGAAACUGAAGAAGAAGAUUCAACUGAAGUUGCAAAAGGUCUGAAGCAUGCUUAUUCAAAACCUGUUGUUAUUGAAGAUGAUGAUAGUAAUUGUGUUGAUGUAAAUGAACAAAGUUUAGAAGACUUAAUGUCCCAGUUGAAAUCUUUAUAAAAUCCCAUUAUUUUCGCUAGAACAUAUUUUUCAAAAUUAUGAAAUAAAGGCACAGAAUUCUGAAACUUUAAAAGUGUAUAGUUAUUAUAUUUAAUUAAGGUAUUUGAUUUAAAAAUGACUGUUAAAGAAUACUUGGAUAUUAAUAUAUUUUAUUGGUCAUCUUGCGACUUUAAUUAUAAGAACAAAUUACUUUCUUUGAAAAAUUCUGUGAUUAGAAGAAAUCUUGUAUAUAUAUUUAAGUUUUUAAAUAUAAUGCACAAUGUAAAUAAAAUUACAUCACAUUAAAGGUCAAUUUUAGAUUGAAUCUGUAUUUUUUAUAUUAUUUGUAAAAAUAUAUAUUUACA